CGCGGAAGUGGAAUGUUACAGUUACAGUGAAAGUGAAAACACGAAGAACUCGAGUCCUGUUGUUAUCAUCCAUGGAUCAAAUACAGUACCGCAGCUUUGCCAGAUAUCUAGAUGGAGAAUUCUGGGAGAUUAAAGAUGCUUUUCGUGACGCGAUUUCAAAGUGUGAACUGUUUCAGUCCAGCAGUUAUGAACUGACUUUGGAUCAGAGCAGAGACCUGACUGCAGAGAGACUCUAUCACUUGUUAAGACUGCCUUUCAUGAAAGAACACCUUCGAAAUCAGCUAAAAGAUAAGCAAAAAGGCUUCACAAACAAGAGUUUAGGCAUCACUGAGAUCAUCUGCUCUGCUGACAUGGCCACGGGAGUCAAGCUCGGUGUUGUGUGUGGACUGUAUGGAGGUGCUGUCAAUAAUCUAGGCAGUCCAGAGCAGAAGAUGAAAUGGUAUCUCCCUGUUUCAGAGUUACAAUUUACAGGGAUGUUUGCGAUGACUGAGAGGGGCCACGGUAGCAACGUUCGAGGCAUUCUCACUGAGGCCCGAUACAAUCAAUCCACACAGGAGUUUAUUAUUCACACACCUUCCGAAGAUGCUCAGAAAAUGUACAUCGGGAAUGCAAUGAAAGGAAACUAUGCUGCUGUGUUUGCUCAGCUCAUUAUAAAUGGAGAAUCUCAGGGUCCCCACUGCUUUAUUGUACCAAUCCGUGAUCAGAAUGGAGUCAUGUGGCCAGGAGUGACGACCAUUGACAUGAAGCACAAGGAAGGUCUGCAUGGGGUUGACAAUGGCAUUUUGAUAUUUAAUAACGUCCGGAUACCACAGGAAAAUCUGCUGAGAAAGUUUGGUUCAGUAUCAGCUGAUGGUUUGUACUCGUCUCCUGUCCUCAGUAAAAGCAGUCGCUUCAAUGCAAUGCUCGCUGCCCUGACACCCACCCGUCUGGGUCUCACCGUACAGGCCAUGGCUGCCAUGAAGCUGGGGCUCGUCAUUGCAGUACGCUACAGUCACAGUCGCAGACAGUUCGGUCCGAAGGAUCAGGAUGAGGUGAAGAUCAUCGAGCACCAAACGCAGUACCUGAGACUGAUGCCACACCUGGCUGCUGCCUUCGCGCUCAUUUUCACCACCAGAUACGCUGCAGGUUUGAUGGACGAUGCUUUGUGUCAGGGUCAGGACCUUCAAAGCAAUCGCGCUCUGCAAGCUCUUGUCGCAGGACUCAAAGCCUACAGCACGUGGGAGAACGUGACGUGUCUGCAAGACUGCCGUGAGUGUACUGGCGGCAUGGGCUUUAUGAUGGAAAAUCGUAUUCCGUCUCUGAAGUGUGACUCCGACGUCUUUGUCACAUUUGAGGGCGACAACAUGGUCAUGCUUCAGGUGGUGGUACGAGAGCUGCUGACCCAGUACACCAAACUGAUGGGGAACAACUUGGUGAUGGGACUGAUUAGAAACUGGACCAGCUCAGUAUCAGACAGCCUUAGAACCAGCUUUCUUGGCUUCAGCGUGGACAAAGUAGGAGACCUAAUGUUCCUACUGAAAGCGGUGAGCUACAGGGAAAGGGUGUUACAGCGCAGUCUGGCAAGUCGACUUUACACUAAGGUAGAGAAAAACAAAGAUGAGUUCUUCAUGGCCUGGAACGCUUGUUUACAUCACGUGACCACUUUGGCUAUGGCACACAUACAUAGAGUGACCUUGGAGCAGUUUGCUCUCGCCGUACGAGAAUGCCAUAUCAAAGAGGACCGUGCCUUGCUCACCAAGUUCUGCCUUCUUCACGGCACUAGUCUGGUGUAUCAGGAGAGAGCGUGGUACCUGGAGCACAACUACCUGACCCCCAACACCAGCCGACAGAUCCGCAGCCAGCUUUUGGAGCUGUGCAGAUCGGUGAAGGAUGAUGCUCUGAAGGUGGUCGAUUACUUCAACAUCCCAUCCUGCUGCAUCCAGGCCCCUAUCGCUGGAGUCGCCAAUCCCAGGGCCAAAUGGGCCUUCUACCCACAGCCACAGUAUCCCAGCAGCACCCAACCUCUGUCUAAGCUCUGAAUGAGAGAAUAAGCAUGGCUUUAUGAGGAUGUGGAAGAACAAUUAAGUGAUUUCAGGUUGCUGGUCUCAAUGGUUUCCAUUUUCUUUCACAUUGGUUGGGAGAGAUUAAGGACUAAUUGGAGGUGGUCAAUGCACUUACGAAUGCAUAGCUGACGUUUUAUGAUUAAGCAUCAUGCUUUGUGCCAAGAAGAAUGGUAGAACUUGCCAAGGCCUUGAGAAAAUGGCAUAUACUCUAGGCACAACACUACAUUUUCUUGUUCACUCUUAAAAAUAAAGGUUCCAAAGGGGUGGGUUCACAACAA